AUGGCGGCUGCCGGUGCUCUCUUUUUCCUAUUCUCCUCCUUCUGCCUCCUCGCCCGGCAGGCCGCGGCCGGCGGGUACGGCGGCUGGCAGAGCGCCCAUGCCACCUUCUACGGCGGCGGCGACGCCUCCGGCACCAUGGGCGGGGCAUGCGGGUAUGGCAACCUGUACAGCACUGGGUACGGCACGAACACGGCGGCGCUGAGCACAGCGCUGUUCAACGACGGCGCGGCGUGCGGGUCGUGCUACGAGCUGCGCUGCGACAACGCCGGCAGCUCGUGCCGGCCGGGGUCCAUCCUGGUGACGGCCACCAACUUCUGCCCGCCCAACUACGGCCUCCCCAGCGACGACGGCGGCUGGUGCAACCCGCCCCGACCCCACUUCGACAUGGCCGAGCCGGCCUUCCUCCACAUCGCGCAGUACCGCGCCGGCAUCGUGCCCGUCUCCUACAGAAGGGUGCCGUGCGUGAAGAAGGGGGGCAUCCGGUUCACCAUCAACGGCCACUCCUAG